AUGCACAUUCUCUCCUCUCCUCCUCCUCGACCGACACCCCUCUCGCCAUUCCUUGCCGCCUGCAGCCUUCAUCUCUCGCCUCGCCGUCGGAUCCAAGACGGCCGGCCUGCGUCCCGUCCCCGUCGUCUCGACCUCUCCUCGGCACGCCUCGCCUCGAGCCCGUCGAAGCGCCGAUGCCUUCCUCGGCCGCCUCGCCCCCGACUCUCCCUCCAAGCCGCACCUGAGCCCGCCCCGUGGCACCUUCUGUCGGGCUCGCCCUGGCAGGCUGGAGCAUCGCCUCGAGCGAGUCGCUCGUGCCCGUCGUGCCCGUGCGAGGGCAAGCACGAGCAGGCCUGCGUCUCCCCACGUCGACCUGGCAUCUCUCGCCGUCGUCGACCUCGCAUCUCUCGCCGUCGUCGACCUGACCUCUCUCGCCGUCGUCGACCGUCUGCUACCCUCCGCCACGCCGCCGCCCCACGCCGACGUCCUGACGAGGCAGCCCUCCCUCGGCCUGCCAUGGAGCUUUCCGGCAGCCGGCCCGGGGGCCUCUCGAGCGACCUCUUUCUCUACCCCGACGCGCCAAUGUACGCCUUGGGCGGCUCCGUGCCCGGCGCUCGCGCGUCGUUGCUGGCGCCGACGGAAUCGUCCAUCGGCUGGGCUCUCACCGCCCUCUCGCUCGCCGUCCUGCUGCUCUACGCCUCUCACGGCCGCCUCGUCCGCCUUCUCCCGCCCUGGGCGCGGCCCUUUGCCGCCGAGGAGGCUCCUCCUUGGGGCCUGAAGCGAAGGUGGUGGACGCACUGGACCCUCGUCCUCGCCCUCGUCGCCCUCGCCGGCCUCGUCGUCGCCGCCGUGUCCGCCUGCCUGCGCCCCCGACGGCCCGGAGCCUUCGUCAAGCUCGUCCCUUGGCUCUCCGUCGCCCUCAUCACCGCCUCGGGUCGCCCGACCAGCACGCCUCGCAUCCUCCUGCUCCAGUACUUUCUGAUGCUCGGCGCCGGCUUCGCCGCCUACGCCGUCCGCUUCCUCGACCACGCCGUCGGCGCCCUCGACGCCUUUGAGCUCGCGGGCCUCGGCCUCUGCCUCGCCGCCGUCGUGGCCAUCGGGAAUAUGCCGCUGCGCGAUCCGUCGUGGGACGCCGAGGACAUCGGCAACCCCCACCUGCCGCCCUCGCACCACGUCCGCAGCCCCGAGGACAACCUCAGCCUCUUUCGCUUCUGGUCCAUGUCCUGGGUCUUCCCCCUCGCCGAUGCCGCCCGCCGCGCCGAGCUGGCCGUCGAGGACGUCUGGCAGCUGCCCCUCGAGUUUCAGCACACGCGCCUCUACACGGCCUUUGGCGAGCUCCGGGGCAGGCUCAUCCCUCGUCUCGUCGAGGCCAACGGCCUCGAUCUCGUCAUCUCGACGGCCCUCGCCGUCGUCGAGAGGGUGGCCGAGGUCACCAACAUCCGCCUCACGAGCAUGCUCUACGCGGCCCUGGAUCGCGGCCUGACCGACGAGGCCUACUUCUGGUGCCUCGUCAUGCUCUCCAUCGACCUCCUCCGCCAGCUGUCCAAGACGACGUCGUCGUGGUACUCGCGCAAGGCCUACGAACGGUCGCGCGGCGAAACUUUCAUCGGCCUCUUCGGCAAGUUGCUGACCCGUGCCGUCCCGGGCUCCGACGUGACCGAGCGGGGGCCGGCGGAGGACGACGUGCUCCCGGGGAACCCCCCCGAGUCGCGCCGCCGCGCCGCCGCCGGCCUCCUCGCGAGGUGCUGCGGCCGCCGCCGGAGCAGGCCGCCCGUGCAGCCUCCGCACCAGCCCGCCUCCAACGCCAAGGUCGUCAACCUCGUGCGCGGGGACACGUACGAAAUCUCGCAGCGCUUCUGGGACUUUCCGAAGCUCGUCGCCCAGCCCGUCAAGGUCCUCUUCACCCUCUACUUCCUCGUCGACAUCAUGGGCUGGCCCUCGACCGUCGGCUUCGCCCUCAUGGCCGUCUUCCUCACCACCAACUCGCUCCUCGUCCGCGAGACCAUCAAGAUGGAGCGCGUGAGGACGGCCCACUCCGACAAGCGCGCCCAGGCCGUCUCGCACUUUGUCGAGGCGAGCCGGCCGCUCAAGCUCAACGGCUGGACCGCCUCCUGGAGCCGCCGCAUCAUGCGCUUCCGCGCCCUCGAGAUGCGCAAGCGCCUGCAGAUGGCCCGCGUCGCCGCCGUCAUCUCCACGACCAACGUCCUCGGCGGCGCCCUCUACCCCCUCGCGAGCAUCUGCCUCUACACCCUCGUCCUCCGACGCGGCCUGCCCAACGACGUCAUCUGGCCGUCGCUGCAGCUGUUCGGCCAGCUCGAGGCCAGCGUCAGGGAGGCCUUCAGCCUCGCCUCGGCCUACUGGAAGGCCACCAUCCCCAUCGAGCGCGUCAACAGGUACAUGGCCGAGCCCGACCGGGAUGUGUCUCGUCCCGACGCCCGCGACGAGAUGCGCGUCGAGUUCCGGAAUGCCUCCUUCUCCUGGCCGUCGACGGGCCACGUCGUCCUCCGCGACGUGACGCUGAGCCUCGGCGAGGGCCUCACCGUCGUCCGCGGCGAGGUCGGCGCGGGGAAGUCGAGCCUCCUGCUCGCCGCCCUCAACGAGAUGGAGCUCCAGGGGGGCGAGCUGCUGCGGCCCGACGCCCCCGUCGGCUACGCCCAGCAGCUCCCCUGGCUGCAGAACAAGACGAUCCGGGAAAACAUCCUCUUCCACCAGCCCUUUGACUCCUCGCGGUACCAAGAGGUCGUGCACGCUUGCGCCCUCGCCACGGACCUCGCCGGCUUCCCCUACGGCGAUCAGACGAAGCUCGAGGAGGGCGGCGUCGGCUUGUCGGGUGGGCAAAAGGCCCGCGUCUCCCUCGCCCGCGCCGCGUACAGCUCGUGCCGGAUACUGCUCCUCGACGACCCCCUCGCGCCGCUCGACCACGACACGGCGACGACCAUCGUUCGCCGCUUCCUCCGGGGGCCCUUGGCCGAGGGUCGGGUCAUCGUCAUGGUCACGCACCGCGACGACUUGGUCCUUCGCAUCGCCGACCAGGUCGUCGACAUGGCCGACGGUCGAGCCUCGGUCCUGUCCAAGGAGCAGGUCGAGCUCGAGCUCGCGCACCCGAUGCACGCCCCCGUCGCGGGGCCCGGCGACAGCGAGGACGCGACGGAAUCGGCGCACGAGCAGCUCCCCGAGGAGGAACACGUGCCCGGCGUCAAGGAGGCGCCCGAGGAGGCGCCCGAGACCGGCAGCGUUCCCCUGUCCGUCUACUUCGGCUACAUGAGAGCCGGCGGCUGGCACAUGUGGAUCCUGCUCGCCCUGUUCUACGGCGUCUCUCGAUGCUUGGACAUUGCGAGGGCCCGGCUCCUCGAGGCCUGGGGCGGCGACACGGCCUACCCGGCGACGGCCCUGGGGGGCUACUGGGGGCUCCCCAACCCCGCCGUGCAUCCCCAGGUCUGGCUGCUCGUCCUCGGAGCGCUCUCCCUCGGCCAGGUCGCCGCCUACGCCGUGGCCCAGCUGCUCCUGGCCAAGAUCAGCGUCGACGCGGCCCAGGGGCUCUUCGAGAAGGCCAUCGAGCGCGUCAGCGGCGCGACGUUUCGCUACUACGACGUGACCCCCACGGGCCAGCUCAAGAACCGGCUCAUCUCGGACAUGGGCAUGGUCGACGGCGGCAUCCUCGCGCCGCUCGAGUCGUUCGUCUACAGCCUCAUAGCGCUGACGCUGAGCAUGGUGGCCAUAACGACGCACCAGCCCCAGCUGCUGCUGCUCGUCGGCGCCGUCGCGCUGCUGUACGUGCACUUCUUCCGCUACUACGUGCCCGUGUCGCGCUCCCUCCGUCGCAUGGAGAUGCGCUACCUCACGCCCAUCAUCGCCAACAUCGGCGUCAUGCAGGACGGCCUCGUGACGAUCCGCGCGCUCCGGGUCGAGGGGCACUUCCAGGACCGCCACCUCGAGGCCGUCGACGACUUCCAGAAGCAGGACCACUUCUUCUGGUCCAUGGCCUUCUGGCUCGACUUUCGCCUCAGCAUGUCGUCGGCGUCGACGCGGGCGGCCAUGAUCCUCUUCAUGAUCUGGCGCGGCACGCCGGCGAGCGCCAUCGGCUUCGUCCUGACGCAGACGGUCAUCGCCAUGGUGUCGGUCCAGCAGCUGUGCGAGAAGUUUGCGCAGCUGCAGCUCGACGCCGUGUCCCUCGAGCGCGUCAAGGCGCUCGACCGCAUCCCGAUGGAGCCGACGGGCGACGAGGAUCCGCCCGACGACUGGCCGCGGCCGUGCGACGACAUCAUAUUCGAAGGCGUGUCGUUCCGCUACGCCGACGGCCUACCCGACGUGCUCGACGAGGUGACGUUUGAGAUCCCCGGCAGGUCGACGUGCGCCGUCCUCGGCCGGACGGGGUCGGGCAAGUCGACGGUGGCCAACGCGCUGCUCGCGACGCAGACGGCGCACCAGGGCCGCGUGCGCAUCGGCGGCACCGACCUCGCGACGGUCAGCCGCACGGCGCUGCGGAGCCGCGUCACCUUCAUCCAGCAGGACCCGACGCUGUUCCCGGGCACGCUGCGCGACAACCUCGACCCCGAGGGCAAGUUCUCGGACGACGCGUGCCUCCGCGUCGUCGGCCGCGUCCUCGGCCCCAUCUGGCGGCUCGACUCAGCCAUCGAUGCGGGCGGCAAGAACCUGAGCCAGGGGGAGCGCCAGCUCGUCGGCAUCGGCCGGGCUGUGCUGCGACGGAGCGGGCUCGUCAUCCUCGACGAGGCGACGGCAUCCAUCGACCGGCGGACGGCGGCGCUCAUGCAGCGGAUCCUGCGCGAAGAGCUCGCCGAGAGCACCGUCAUCACCAUCGCGCACCGGCUGGAGGCGGUCGAGGAUGCCACCUGGCGCCUGCGGCUGGAGCGCGGCAAGGUGGUCGAGUGCGGACCAGCGGCGGGCGAGUCGGCGUCGCGAUAG